UGUUCUCAAUCCAUCUCCGUUACAGCCUGCCAUCAUCUUUUCAUACUCGCUCACGAGUUAUGUUGCCCGUCGAGCUGCAAUCGACUCGGCGGCAGCACCACUAUCUCCCGUUUCCGCACACAUCUACGACCAAGAAAACGAAGACAACUAAGACGAUCAAGAUCUGAGAAAAAUCCAAACCAAGACCAAGACCAAGACCAAUAUAGAAAUGGCCAUAUUCGAGCCAGCAAACUGCACAGUCGGGCCCGACGUUCCAGUGGCCAGCGACGGCGGCGUCGCUGGCCGCGGCGUCAUCCUCGCCGCCAUCAUCACCGCUGGCGUCUCCCUCGUCCUCAGCAUGUCCAUCAUCGUGCACGAGAUGUACGACAACCCUUCCCGGAUUCGGCGGAAGCUCCUCAACAGCUACUCGGACCAGCAGCUCCUCAUCAGUAUCGGCAUCUCAUGCGUUGGCCUUGCCAAGGUCCACGAGAUGGUGCCCUACCACUUCUUCAUCAUCUGGAUGCUCACAAACAUGUCGCUCGCCGUCCACAACGCCACCCUACUUGCCCUCGCCCGCGACUUCCGCCGCGACUGGGUCUUGCGUUGGCUGCGCCAGAUCUUGAUGCUUCUGAGCCUGUCGCUCAACACCACCUACGGCGUGUUCAUUCUCCAGGGCGUGUCGAGCAACAUGCAGGAGUCCAAGCUGCCCGUCGCCUGCGUCUGGAUUGUCGGCGACGCGGGCAAGGGUUCUCAGACAGGCCUGAGCUACUUCGGCACCAUCAGCGUCAUUGCCGCCAACAUCAUCGUCUUCAUCCUCGCGAGCUGGUACCUCCACCACAAGGGCUUUCGGAGGACACGCCUUUCACGCGCGUUCCAGGUCGUCGGCACCCUUAUCAUGAUGGCGUCCGCCAUCGGCGCCGCCACCCGUGUCAUCAUUGCCUCGGACGCCUGGGGCAACGGCCCGGCCUACGAGCUCCAGGACGACGGCGAGAAGAGAUGGGGCUUUGGCCAGCUGCUGUCGAUGCUCGUGCUCAUCUUCCCGCUUGUGUCCAUGACGGAAAUCAUCCGCGGCGAGAUCGGCGUCAAGGAGUGCGAUUUGUCGAGCAACACGGGCAGCGACACAGAAAUGGGCAACUACCGCGGCUCGGUCAACUCGUCGUCCCAGGGACUCGUCUUCUUCGGGGUACAGAACAACAGCUUCAAGUGAAAGUGAGGAUGGCUGCAAUGGGCCUGUGCGGUGCGGACGAGCCAGCCUCGGCUGCUGCUGAAUGAAUGAUGACAAGUGCGGAAAACAGUAAUAAUACCCGUUAGAGAAGACUGCACGGAGGGUCACAAUGCGGCUCCUAUGUUAUGAGAUAUUGCAUCAAGUUUGCACGUAAUAAGUACGUCGAUAUGGGUUUAUCGUACUGUUACUCGUCGUCCUUUGUGAAGAGUGCGUGAUGUGAGUGAUGGUAAGGAGGCUUUUUUUCUUCGUCUUAUCUUAUAUUUUUAUCUUCUUUCGUGGGCAGGUUUGCCGAAUAUCAGGAUCAACCACAGGCUCGGUUACGCUGAGAGUGUUCUGACAUGGCAGAAGGACAAUCAUUGCACUUAAUAAUGGGCGAUGCUAUU